GCCGGUUUCUGUCUCCAAUGAUGGCGCCAUCCCGUCCUUGCCACGCUAGGAAACUCCGAUUCAGAAACUCGCCAGCGCCGGCCAGGAGGGUGCCUCGGGAAAUCUUUGCCCCCUCUUCAUCGCCCGCGGAGCUAACGCAACUUGCCCCACUGCGCAUCGCCUGCUUAUUCAUCGCAUGAAGAUAGUGCAGACGACAGCUGUUUCUAUGGACCUUCGAGAAACCCCUAAUGGGUAUAUAUAGUGGAAUAGGGGCUCUUGACAUUUUGGCAGCUCAGUUGUACCAUACAUACAUUUGCUAGCGUGCAUACGAGUCCGUUAAUCUUAAUCUUCAGGUUGUUCAGCAGUUGUGUCGCUGUGUUGUCUUUGGCCACUCGUUUAUAAACUUUGACCUACGAAACAAGCAAUCAUGACGGUCAAGAAACUCACCAAGAGCACACCGGCGGCCGGCGUUCCCUUCUACACGCCGGCGCAGAACCCGCCGGCGGGCACGGCGCUUGACGCGAACGGCACCGAGGUGCCGACGCUCUUCACGCCGUUCCAGCUCCGGGGGCUGACGCUGCAGAACCGCUUCGUGGUCAGCCCGAUGUGCACGUACUCGGCCGACGACGGGCACCUGACUGACUGGCACCUGGUGCACCUGGGCGGCUUCGCCAUGCGCGGCGCGGCGCUGACCAUCGUCGAGGCCACCGCGGUCACGCCCAACGGCCGCAUCUCGCCCGAGGACAGCGGGCUGUGGCAGGACAGCCAGAUCGCGCCGCUGCGGCGCAUCGUCGACUUCAUCCACUCGCAGGGCCAGAAGGUCGGCAUCCAGCUCGCCCACGCCGGCCGCAAAGCCAGCACGUUGGGGCCCUGGCACGUCACCCCGACCACGCACGAGGUCGCCGGUCCGGACGUCGGCGGCUGGCCCGACAACCUCUGGGCCCCCAGCGCCAUCGCCUGGGACGAAGGCUUCCCGACGCCCAAGGAGAUGACCGUGGCCCAGAUCGAAGGCUUGGUGCAGAGCUUCGCCGACGCGGCCCGGCGCGCUGUGCAGGCCGGCGUCGAUACCAUCGAGAUCCACGGCGCCCACGGCUAUCUCAUCUCCGAGUUCCUCUCCCCAAUCACUAACCAACGAACCGACGCCUACGGCGGCUCCUUCGAGAACCGCACGCGCGUGCUGCUCGACGUGGUGCGCGCCAUCCGCGCCGUGAUCCCCGAGACCAUGCCGCUGCUGGUGCGCAUCUCGGCGACCGAGUGGAUGGAGUGGUCGGGCCAGCCGUCGUGGGACCUGGCGCAGAGCAAGCGGCUGGCCGCGGUGCUGGCCGAUUCCGGCGUCGACCUGCUGGACGUCAGCUCGGCGGGCAACAACCCGGCCCAGCAGAUCAAGGUGCACCCGUACUUCCAGGCCGACAUGGCCGGCGAGAUCCGCGCGGAGCUCAAGAGGCUUGGCAAGGACAUGGCGAUCGGCGCGGUGGGCAUGAUCAGCAACGCCGAGAUGGCGCGGAGCGUGGUGCAGGCGGAUGGCAGGCUGGCUGGGAGCGGGAGCGGGAGCGGGAGCAAGCAGGACGACGACGGGAAGGUCGAGGUCGAGGGGGAGAGCGGCGCCAAGACGAGGGCGGAUCUGGUGUUGGUUGCCCGGCAGUUCCUGCGGGAGCCCGAGUUUGUGCUGAAGACGGCGUUCGAGCUGGGUGUGAAAGUGCAGGGGCCGAUCCAGUACCACCGGGCGCCAUACCAGAAGGAGAGGCUAUAGAGGGGGUUUAAGGGGCUUGGAUAGUGGGGGGCAUUUGCGGUUUUAGAUUUUGGCAUAGAGCACCGUAUACAACUUAUCGGUGUUGGGGAGAACUGGACUGGGCUAUUUCUUAGACUAGACUACAGGCUAGAGCUGAUGAAGUAUAUGACACCAUUGCCCGUGCAUUAGGGGUAGGAACCAAACUAAGGUAUACAAUACAAAGCAGAGACAGUGAUGUCCAUGUCCCAAUGCGACAGACCAAAUAAACACCUCCCAACGCCGCCCCCGAGAUAAC